AUGCGCAGGACACGCCCGGAGCCUCUUAAGGGGGGCCCAGGCACUUGCCAACUUCCUAAGGGAAACCAUCCUAAGGGAUGUGCAGGACACGCCCGGAGUCCCUCAAGGGGGACCCUGGCACUCGCCAACUUCCUAAGGGAAAAAACAUCAUACGGGAUGUGCAGAAUACGCUCGGAACCCCCCAAGGGGAACCCUGUCACUCAUAAAUCUCCAAAGAAGAAGUGCAAUUAA